UCAGCAAUGCAGACGGGGCAGCAGCUGUUUCUUAUAUGAGUGAUUAGCGGAACUGUUGUAACUUUUGUUAGUAGAAUUUAACGUAGAACUAAGUGAAGCGUUUCUACUUUUGUUUGGUUUAAUAGAAACGGUUAAAAAAAAUAUUUAAUUUCCAGAAGUUGGGGAUGUUUAUUUGGUUGUUUUCAUCUCUCUGCGUGUUUUAUUUUCGAAAGGUUGAGUGAGAGCGUGAAUGAAAAUGGAUGAUACAGGUAAACCGCAGUCACGUGGGAGCGGAGCGCAGAGAAAUCCUCAUCCCAGGCCUUUUUUCUAUGUUCAGCCUGCAUCCCAGCCUUACUACCUACAGUGGCAGCUCAACAACCCAUACAGUCACUAUGGGUUACCCGGAGGUUUUAAUAUUGGCCGCCCCUGCAUGCAUCCUUACCCAUUUGUACCAUUUCCUGGCUUUGUUUUACCGCAUGCCCCAAUAUAUCCAAUGGAUUACAGGCGGAUGUUUGAACCUCGCUUCCACCCUCCUUCCUGGGGUGACAUGCCUCGCCAGCAGUACCAUUCGCAGCCUUACGGACGUCGAGAAACGUCCUGUUCAGAAGCUCAAACUGACCCCAGUGAGGCAAUAGCCAAGCUCAUUGAGUGUCUGGAUAAGAUUCGAACCACCGAGCUGCAGGCUGCUGAGCGUGAACUUGAUUCUGGUAUUGCAUCUCAGGCUUCCACUGUGUUUUCUCCCGAAGAAAAGAAGAAUGAAGAGCAGGGUCAUAGCCUGCCUUCAGCACUGCAGGACAGCUGUUUAGAGACCCCAGCUGUGACCCUCAGCGACACUGCAGUAAUAUACGACGAGUCUAACGAAGUGAUCUUAGACCCUCAGAGCCCUAACGAGUGCUGGACAGGAGGACUGGAAGAAGAGCUGCCUGUCGAUAGCUCCUCUGUCCAUGAAGAGUGUCCUGAGCUUGAGCAGUCAGCAUCAGACCAAAACAUGGGCCCUCUUGAGAAAGAGGUCACAGAUAUCCAGUCAAAUAUCUCAGUGACCAACUCAAGUAUUUCCAGAUGUGAUGCAGAGGAAUCCACACAGACACUCUCCUUUCCCUCCAGUCAGACAGCACUUAAGGAAGCUAAAAGCAGUUAUAAAGUCGCAAAGGCAGGACAUCAUUGUGAUGAUGCUAAAGCUGAUCAAACUUGCCACGUCCUCAAACUUCCUUUUGAUAAUGUUUUAACACCUGGAGCUGCUGGAGCUGACCACCUCUCCUCUCAGGCUGCCCCCUACUACUACAACUACCUCUCCAUGCAAACGACACAUGAGCGCAUGAGCGUACUCAGUCCAUCUUUGGAUGAGCUCUCCUCCAGAGAUGAAAUGUUUUCCACAGAUCUGGAUGACACAGACCUCUUACCCAAACAUGGUUACACUGGCAGGAGGCAUGCAGAGGUCAUGAGCAGGUCUUCUCAAGCCGCUGAAGAUGUAGAGGAACUAUGGUUGCCAGAUUCAAAGAGGUUUGCGUGCGCCUGUUGUGGAAAAUAUCUGGCAAAAUGGCCAGGAAGAAGCAAAGGCAACAGCUCCAAGAUGUAUCGGGAUGAAGUUGGAGACUCUGAGGAGGAGGGCAGAUAUGGAAGUGGGUGCAAGGAACCGGUAAGAGUAGUUGUGAGGAAGCAUUCUGCACCAAGGAAGGCCCACUCUCUCCCACCGAGACUUGCAGUCAAGCCUUGGCAUAAUAGAGGCCAGUACAAAGAGCCCUCAGAUCCAGUGGAGAAUGAUGCACCUGAAGUUGAGUCUGGAGUUGGACUGGAGUUGAACAGCAGAGAGCUGCAGUGCAGGACAUGUCAGGAUAAAUUCUGCAGAGAAGAUCUGACCACAGCAGACCAGGGCAGGUGGGCAGAUGGAGAUUCAAUGCCAAGGAGGAGACAAGCUGCCACUCUGCAGAGACAAGAGAUGAACAGUCAGUGGAAGUUGAUGUAUCACAGGCCAAGAGAGGAAGACCGCGACGACGACGAGCCAUCAUUGUUACACUGGGAAAGAGGCUCUACAGUGAGAACAGAACCGAGAUGCUGACGUCCCUUGGCUGGCUGAACCGAAUUAUGUUGAACUGUCCCCCUGAAAGGUGUUAAGUUAAAGGAUGAAGAUAUUUGGGGCACAGGGUGAAAUGCACACCACACGAAGCAUCUUUGUUAGAAAAUGAUAAUAAAAAAAAAAAAAACAUCUGCAGUGACACUGCCUUGCACUAUUCAGGAUUAAUAGAUUUCACAAAUGGGCUGAAAGGUUCUGUUGCAGAUGAGUUUUCCACUGUUUGGGGUCAGUCCAAUAAAAAUUGUCAUUUAAAAUUG